GCUGCCUUUUUUGACAAGCAGAAAUGUCGUUUAAUAAGGAAUAAGGUUAAUAAAUCAGCCACAAUUUUUUGGUACUCCUUAGGUCUAAUUAAUAAUAGGUUUUUGAGGAUCGUGUUGUUAAGUAGUGACGAAAGUCAAGGACAAGCACCACCAACCAUGGCAACCCUGUUCACCGCAGACGAGGAUAUACCCCAUGUCGUUGAUAUGACCACUAGUGAAAAGGUUGUAGAGCUUCUGAAUCAGGCAGCUCUAAUUGCCACAGAUGAAAAGCUUACGGUUCUCAAACAGGUCCAGGAACUAAUUAUUAACAAGGAUCCUUCCCUACUUGACAAUUUCUUGGAUGAGAUGAUAGCCUUUCAGACUGAUAAGUCCAUUGAAGUAAGAAAGUUCGUCAUUGGCUUCAUUGAGGAAGCUUGUAAAAGGGACAGUGAGCUUUUGCUUAGACUAAUUGCCAACCUGAAUAUGCUGCUGAGGGAUGAAAGUGUUAAUGUGGUGAAGAAAGCCAUCCUCACACUGACUCAGCUUUAUAAAGUCACCCUUCAGUGGUUGGUGCGCUCCAAAAUGGUGACUGAAAUGCAGGAAGCGUGUUGGGACAUGGUGACACAGAUGAAAGGGGAUGUCCUGGCCCUGUUGGACUCUGAAAAUGAUGGUGUGCGCACUCAUGCCAUCAAGUUCACGGAGUCACUCAUAAUCACUUUGUCACCCCGCACACCAGAUUCUGACAUCCCCAAACGUCAAGAGGGUGAUAUCAGCUUGGAUAAAAUACCCAGAGACCACUCCUAUAUUCGCUAUGAUGUCUUGUGCGAUGAAGGAAAGGCCGCACUGGAGCAGCUUCUGAAGUUUAUGGUCCACCCAGCCAUUUCCAGCAUCAACCUGACCACAGCACUGGGCGCUCUUGCCACCAUCGCCCGCCAGAGACCCAUGUUUAUGUCAGAAGUGGUGCAAGCAUAUGAGACGCUGCACGCAAAUCUGCCACCAACUCUUGCCAAGUCUCAGGUCAGCAGUGUGCGUAAGAACCUGAAACUUCACCUGGUGGCGGUUCUGAAGCAUCCCUGUAGCCUGGAGUUUCAGGGUCAAAUCAGCACUCUCCUCCUGGAUCUGGGAAUGCCUCAGAGCGAGAUAACCCGCUCCACUCCACCGCCACGCGACCAACGCAAAAGGUCUCGCCACGAACAAUACACUGAGGGCAAGAAGAUCAAGAUUGAGCCCACCCUGAUGGAAGAUGAUGAAGACAAAGAAGAGCCAGUCCCACUUUCUGUCUCCAAACCAUCCGCUGUGCCAGUGGCACAGUCUGCUAUUGACCUCACAGCUGAGUUCCUGCACCCCCUGCUCACCCCUGAGAAUGUAGCCAACUUGGUGUUAAUCAGCAUGGUGUAUCUACCAGAUGUCAUGCCAGCGUCUUUCCAGGCCACAUACACACCAGUGGAGUCAGCAGGCACCGAUGCCCAAAUUAAACACUUGGCUAGGCUGAUGGCCACACAAAUGACAGCAGCCGGUAUUGGUCCAGGACUUGAGCAGUGCAGAGCUCGGGAGGAAGAUGCUGGCAAAGAUGCGGACCUAGAUGAGGACUCUGCCACCAAGGACCUGCUCAUUAAACGUAAAGUGCCACCUGUGAUCAUGGGCCAAGCUAUCUCUGUAGUGGGAGGCUACGUAGAUAAGCCUCAGGCCACCGAAGCUCCCCUCGUCAAGAGGCUUCCCGAGCCCAUCCUUCCCUCUACACAAACCAAAAUUGCUGGUGCAGUUGGGCGAAAAAAAGUAUUUCGUUUGGCAGAUGUGAUCCAGCCUUUAUCAGAAUCCCAGGUCGAAAAGUUAACCUCCACCACAGUCAAACGCAUCCUACAUUCAGAGAAGGCUAUUGCACAGAGUGGCAUGUCCCAUAUCCGUGUGAAGCUCCUGUCCAGGCUGGUGACGCAGUUCGAAGGGAUGAUGAAAGAGGAUGUGCUGGAGUUCAUUCUUGAGGACAUAAGGACAAGGAGUGAGCUGGCCUUUUCUCUCCUCUACCAAGAGUAUAAUACCUACCUCAGUCAGCUGCCCUCUGGGCUGAUUGACAGCUACGAUCACUGCCUCUACACUCUGCUGUCAGGCCUGCAGGAGAAGCCAGAGCAGCGGGAUGGCCUUUUCACAAAACUGGUUCUGGAGGCCCCCAUAAUAACAGAAUCAGCGCUUGAAGUAAUACGACGUUACUGUGAGGAUGAGUCACGUGUGUAUUUGGGUAUGACGACCCUGAAAGAACUUAUCAUCAAACGUCCCUCAAGACAAUUUCAGUAUCUCCAUGUUCUUCUGGACCUCAGUUCACAUGAAAAGGAAAAGGUGCGCACCACUGCCCUGGCUUUUAUUAAGCGAAUGUAUGAGAAGGACCAGCUGAGGGACUACAUUGAGAAGUUUGCCCUAAACUACAUGCAGCUUCUUGUCCACCCCAACCCCCCAUCUCUUCUGUUUGGGGCUGACAAAGACACAGAGGUGGCUGCCCCGUGGACAGAGGAGACGGUUAGACAGUGUCUCUUUCUCUACCUGUCCCUCCUGCCCCUGAACCACCGGCUAGUCCAUGAGCUGGCCUCUGUGUAUACCGAGGCCAUCGCUGACAUUAAACGCAGUGUGCUCCGAGUUAUAGAGCAGCCAAUCCGUGGAAUGGGAAUGAACUCUCCUGACCUGCUGCUGUUGGUUGAGAAUUGCCCUAAAGGGGCAGAGACUCUAGUCACUCGCUGCCUGCACAUUCUGACUGAUAAAGUGCCUCCAUCUCCAGAGCUGGUGGAACGAGUGCGAGACCUUUACCACAAACGAGUGCCGGAUGUUCGGUUCCUGAUUCCUGUCAUAAAUGGCCUGGAAAAAAAAGAGGUUAUCCUGGCUCUACCCAAGCUGAUCAAGCUCAAUCCUAUUGUGGUGAAGGAGGUGUUCAAUCGGCUCUUGGGAACUCAACACAGUGAGGGAAGUUCAUCAAUGUCUCCCCUAACGCCAGGCGAGCUCCUCAUUGCUUUACAUAAUAUAGACUCUACCAAAUGUGAUAUGAAGUCUAUAAUUAAAGCUACCAACCUGUGCUUUGGGGAAAAGAAUGUGUACACAUCAGAGGUGCUGGCGGUGGUGAUGCAGCAGCUGAUGGAGCAGAGUCCCCUCCCCAUGCUGCUGAUGCGUACCGUCAUCCAGUCCCUCACCAUGUAUCCCCGUCUUGGGGGCUUUGUCAUGAACAUCCUGUCCCGCCUCAUCGUCAAGCAGGUGUGGAAGUAUCCUAAGGUUUGGGAGGGUUUUGUCAAGUGUUGCCAGAGAACCAAGCCUCAGUCAUACAGCGUGCUCCUCCAGCUACCCCCUGCUCAACUAAGCAGUGUGUUUGAGCGGUGCCCAGAGAUGAGAGAGCCUCUUCUACAACACGUCCACUCCUUCACACCUCAUCAGCAAGCCCAUAUACCUGCCUCCAUUAUGACAGUACUAGAAGCUAACAAAAAACAGGAGCCGAAGCCCGUAGAAGCUAUUGUGGAGAGAGAGAUUGAACCAGCGCCUACUUCAGCUGCCCCCAUUGUAGCAGAGAGUAUUCCUGUAGUGUCAACAGAUCCAGAGCUGCCAGUACAGCAGCAGCCAGCCAUUCAGAAAGAUGAGGAGGAUCCCAUGGAGCAAGAAGAAGUGGAUUCAGUGAGUCAGGAGGAAACUGGCCACACUGUUUCCCAGGUAACUUCUCAGGUGGAGUCGCCAGAUGUGGAGGAUACCUCAUCACCUCAAGCAGAAAUGGCUGAGGAACCAAUGGAGACCUCGCAUCCUGAAGCAUCAGACUUAAAUGAACCAAUUGAAGAUGACGACACCGCAGUAGAACCUGAGGCUGGAAGUGGCACUGAAGACGCAGAAUAAGUCUGCUCAACAGGAAAGACAAAUGCACUCAAAAUGUUAACUGCUAAACGUGUUUUUGCCAGUGAAAUGACUGGACUAGUUUAGCAAAUUUCCUUGUUAAGCGAUUUGCUGUCGUUUUUGUAUUUGUAGGAAAUAUAAAGAUUAUGUAUUUUGAGGUUAGAAAUGUCAUGCUUUGUAUACAAAAGCAUUCCUUCAUUUCACUGAGUAUGCAAAUCAAUAAAAGACUGUCUCUUUAAG